UUUUAUUUUUUUGGUGUGUGUAAAUGCGUCCCUAUUGAAAGUUAUUUCAUGGCAGCAGAAAAUUCAUCUGUUGGUAAAUUCUCCCUUUGAUAAUCAUAAUCACACACCAAACAAGAAGAAUGAGCAGAGAAGAGACUCUGGUUGAAGCGGCACUCAGAAUUCUAAACACAGCUGACCCAGUUGAGAAGGCUCGUAUUGGUGACGAAGUAGCAAACAAAUGGCUGCAAGGUCUCAUUUCUCAGCCUUAUAAUCCUUCUCAAGACCUCCCUCUUCCUGAUCGCCCAGCUCGUUUUACAAAUGUCAAGCUGGUGUCACCAAGUCUCAUGCCAAAGCUUGGAAAAGCAGGAAGCUUGCAGAGUAGACAAGCCAUUGUACACAGUCUUGUUCACACUGAAAGCUGGGCUAUUGACUUGUCUUGGGAUAUAAUUGCUCGAUUCGGCAAGCAAGAGUCAAUGCCAAGAGAAUUUUUCACUGAUUUUGUAAAAGUUGCACAAGAUGAGGGGCGGCACUUUACUCUACUAAAUGCACGGCUUAAGGAACUAGGUUCUUUCUAUGGAGCUUUACCUGCUCAUGAUGGUCUGUGGGAUUCGGCCAUUGCUACUUCCAAAGAUCUGUUGGCUCGUUUGGCUAUUGAACACUGUGUUCAUGAGGCCAGAGGACUUGAUGUGGUGCCAACAACAAUAUCCCGUUUCCGCAAUGGUGGUGAUAAUCAAACAGCUGAAUUAUUGGAGAAUGUUGUUUAUCCGGAAGAAAUAACUCACUGUGCUGCUGGAGUAAAAUGGUUCAAGUAUCUUUGCUUGAGAUCAAGAAAUCCAAUUCUGAGUGACCUUCCUUUAGAAGAAAUUAGUGAUACCGUGGAGGUAGACAAUGAAGUGAUUCAAAAGUUUCACUCCACCGUGAGGACAUAUUUCAGAGGGCCAUUGAAGCCUCCUUUUAAUGAGCAAGCAAGAAAAGCUGCUGGAUUUGGUCCACAAUGGUAUGAACCUCUUGCCGUUAAAGAUUACUCAGUGGAAUGAAGGAUUCUUUUCUCUGGUGUUUGUAGAAUUUCUGGUGCUUACAGAGGGAAAUUGGACAUUGGUUGUGGAAUUUUGUCUUGUUUCCAAUUUUCAUGAUAUUAAGCACACAUGUUACUCUGGGUUAUUGGGAACUUUAGUGUUGAGAGGACUCUUCUAACUAGACAUCAACUGCAAGGGGUGACACCACAGCAACACUUAUUUGGACCCUUCUCAUCAUUGAGGUUUAUACUUACCUAUUUAUUCUAAAAAAAUUAUGUCAAA